ACACGGCAGGCGGCAGCGCUAAAAGCUACUGCCGAGGAGGAGGAGGCCAGGACGUACGAGCUACUACUACAAGCUAGCUAGCACGCGCCGCGCCGCGAGUUCCUGGUCCAACACAAGGAACCCGCCCCCGAGCAGACAGCGUACGUACAAGCGAGUGUGACCUUGUGAGGAGUUCGCAUGGCCGGAUCGGGCGGUGAUGGGGCUCCUCCUCCGGCGAGCCCCGGCACCAGCCUCAGCGACUACCUCGACCGCCCGAACGCCAUCCACCGCCGCGCCGCAUCGCUCGCCAUCGUGCGCUCCGGCGCGGGUGCGGGGGACGACGGGCCGCGCGUCGCCGACGGACCCGGGCGGGAGGACCGGAGGACGCAGUCGACCCGCCGCGUCUCGCUGUCGCUGUGGCGUCCUAGGGCCCCGGCCGCGGAGACGGCGGCCGCUGACUCGAGGACCCCCGAGGGUGGCAAGGGUAGAGGGCCGGCGGCGUGGCGGAGCUGGAGGCCGGUGCGCGCGCUGGCGCACCUCGGGAAGCGCCGCGCGGGGUGCCUGUUCUCGGUCGAGGUCGACGCCGUCCGCGGCGUGCCGGCCUCCAUGGAGGGCUUCCGCCUCGCAGUCACGGUCCGCAAGGCGGAGACCAGGGACGGUGCGGUGCAGACCAUGCCGUGCCGGGUGCGCGGCGGCGCCGCGGACUUCGACGAGACGCUCUUCGUCAGGUGCAACCUCUACUUCACCGGCGGCGCCGGCACCGGGAAGCCGCUCAAGCUAGAGCCCCGGAGGUUCGUCGUGUCCGUCGUCGCCAUCGAGGCGCGGGGCGCCCGCCUGGGCGCGCACACCGUCGACGUCAGCGACCUCGUGCUCGACUCCAUCAAGAAGAUCGGCUCCGAGGGACGCCGCGUCAGGUGGUUCGACAAGGCGUUCGCGCUCUCCGGCAAGGCGGCCGGCGGGGAGCUGCUGCUCAAGCUGGGGUUCCAGCUCAUGGAGGACGCGGGGCUCAGCCUCUACGCGCAAGCGGAGGAGAAGACGGCGGACGUGUCUCCGGCGUCCUCGCGCGCGAGGGCCCACAACAAGAAUUCCUUCAGUAUCUCAAGCACGCCCAGGCUUUCGCCGUCCGACCCUUCCAUCUCGCCUUCCAUGAGGGCUUACAAGCAGCUCGUCGAUAGGCUUCGCAUCGAGGAGAAUGGAGAUCCUGUAAGGUCCGUGAUGAUACCUCGGAAGCCCGGCGACGACGAGCUCUCCGCGUCCACCACCGACGCCGGGGACGUGUACAGCCUCCCGGAGUAUGAGGUCGUGGAGAAGGGCGUUGAAACGGUCAAAGAAGUUGUCCACUACCAGGCUCAGCGCGACGUGCUGCGGGAGCUCGACUCCAUUGCCGAGCAGAUCGAGGCCAUCGAGGCGAUGAUGGCCAACGGCGGGAAGAAGUCGCCGAAGCCGGUGGAUCGGCAGCAGCAGCGCCUGGACGCAGACGAAGAAAUGGUGACUGUGGAGUUCCUUAGAAAGCUCGAGGCGGACGGUGACACAAAGAAGCUCAAGCAGCCCGUGACGCCAAGAAGCCAGUCGCCGUCGCCAAGGAAGGCGGCGGCGCCGCCGGUCGUGCCGGAUUUGGGGCGGGGCAUCGGGCCCGCCGUGCAAACGCGUGACGGUGGGUUCCUGGUGUCCAUGAACCCGUUCGACCUGCCACUGGCGAGCAGAGAUGGCCCCCCGAAGCUCGCCAUGCAGGUGUCCAGGCCGUUCGUGCUGCCGGGCGCCAUGGCGGCGACCGGGUUCGACGUGCUCCAGAAGAUGGCGGCGGCGGGCGGCGCCGACGUAGUUCGCGGCAAGUUGGCGUCGCUGGGUGGCAUGGAUAACAUCACGGGGAAGACACCCGAGCAGGUGGGUUUCGAGGGCAUUGCGGAGGCGGUCAUCGGCGGGCGGCGCACCGAGGGCGCAAGCUCGAGCGCGGGACGGUCCGUACAGCUCGUCCGGAAGCUCGCGACGGCCUUGUCCGAGGGCCGGAGCGAGCGCGUCGCCACGGGCAUCUGGAGCGCGGGCGACGACCCGGAGACGCUGGAGGAGGUGCUGGCCUUCUCCCUGCAGAAGCUGGAGGCCAUGGCCGUGGACGCGCUCGCGGUCCAGGCCGAGAUGGCCGACGAGGACGCGCCGUUCGAGGUGGCGGCGGCCACGGGGGACGCGAGCGUUUUCGACUCGCUGGUGCCCUCGGACGAGUGGUCCGAGUCCGGCGGCUCGGACGGGCGCGUCACGCUGGUGGUGGCCAUCCAGGUGCGCGACCCGUCGCGGCGGUACGAGGCGGUGGGCGCGCCGAUGGUCGCCGUCGUGCAGUCGGCGAGGCUGCUGGGCGCGGCCGGCCACGGCGCCGGGAGGUUCAAGGUGCGGAGCCUGCACGUCGGCGGCGUGCAGAUGAGGUGCGCCCCGUCGGGCGCCGGCGGGAGCGCGAGCUGGGGCGCGGAGAGGCAGAAGCUGACGGCGAUGCAGUGGAUGGUCGCGCACGGGCCGGGCCGCGCCGGCAAGAGGGCGACGACGCCGACGGCGCGGGCGAGGGCGAAGGUGCAGCGUGCCGACGUCGUGUGGAGCCUGUCGUCGCGGGUGCUCGCCGGGAUGUGGCUCAAGACGGUGCGGAACCCGGACGUGAGGAUUGGCGCCAGCAGCACGUGAGGCGAUCGAUCAGCAGUCUGCAGCGUGGAUACGUACUACGUGCAGGUGCAGCAUGAGCGCAACGAUGUAUCGCGUAGAUUCCAGUGGUUUAGAUAUGUAGACGUACGUGCGAGACUAGUGUUUGUAGAAUCGCCAGUUUGUGCGGUAGUGUUACAUGUUAGUUUUAGACGGUCACGUUGCUCACUACGCCACAAUCCAGUUUUAAUAGAGAAAGUACGAUCCUAAUAUCUUUUUGAUAGAAGAAUUAUUAAUUGAUAUAGAAUAAAAAGGAGACUGUGUGCCUCACACAUGUGUAUUUUUUA